UCUUCAUCAGCUGAUUGCAGUCGAAUGACAGAUCAGUGACAGGUUUCCGCGUGUUAUCCACUGUUUGUGAAAUUUCGUUGCAGCUUUGUUUGCUUAUAGUAAUUUGAACACUGAACAAUAUACGAUUGUAUCGUACAAGGAUAUAUCGAGAUGGAGCCGCAGGAUAUUUAUUAUAACAAGGCCGAAUAUGUUGAAACGGCUUCAGGAAAUAAGGUUAGCAGGCUGACAGUACUAUGCGGCUCGCAGAACAUUGUAUUGCACGGAAAAGUAAUAGUACAAUCUGACGCUAUCAUUAGAGGUGAUCUGGCCAAUGUCAGGACUGGUCGUUAUUGCAUAAUUAGCAAGAAUGCAGUCAUCCGACCGCCUUUCAAGAAAUUCAGCAGAGGGGUUGCCUUUUUUCCUUUAACAAUGGGAAAUCACGUGUUUGUGGGAGAGCGGGCCAUCGUAAAUGCAGCAUUAGUUGGUUCUUACGUUUACAUAGGGAAGAACGCCAUAAUCGGCAGGCGAUCGGUCCUAAAGGACUGUUGCUAUAUCGAGGACGAUGCGGUCGUACCACCUGAAACUAUUGUGCCGUCCUUCACACGUUUCGCUGGCAGUCCGGCGACAUAUGUCGAAGAGCUGCCUGAGUGCACGCUGGAUCUCAUGGUAGAUUUCACGAAGAACUAUUACGAACACUUCUUACCGGCGCGGAUUUAACGUUUGUCCAGCGAUACACAACGGUAGUUUACAGUCAAAAGGUUUGUUCUUUUCAGCAGUGUAUUAUAUUGAGAGAGUGAUUUUGUCACUCGUAAUAAAAUAUAAUCAAUUAUUAGAGUGAGAAAGAGAAGAAAGAAAAAAAUUUAGGAAAAACCACAGCUGUGUAAGAAAGUACAGCUGAAAAGAAUAGAUCUAAGCUCGGCCGCAUAAAUUUUGUAAAUUUGUUACAUUUUUUCCUUUGGAUAAGUAAAUAAUGUCCUAUUCUUUUUGUAAUAUAAUUAAAAAUAGAAUAUCUUGUAUAUAUUUAUGCGUAUGUAUCGCAAUCUUGAAAUCACUGUCGCGGCCGAUUUUGACUGUAUAAAUCAUUCUAUUUAACUGCAUCCUAUUUAUACGCAUUUAUCCCUAGAUUAAAUGCAUACAGGGUCAUUAACGAAAGGAUCUAUUACAUUUCGCACAUAUUUACUUUAUAAGUAAUUUAUUUCACAGUGUUACAUAGAUGUCAAAAUAAUUUUCUUUUUAAAUGGAUAUGCGUAUGUACUUUCUAAAGUAAAUACUAUUCAUACCUAAAAAACAAAAAUUUCAUAAAUUUUAUAUUAAACAAAAUAAAAAUAUUUAUAAUUUAUAC